AGCAAGCUGGGAGCUCUUACCCACACAGAAUCCCUGGUUUGCUUAGCCCCCUUCACCUUCCAUUGUCCAAUUCCUUCAUCCCUGCUAGGGAAAGGGAAGGCUACCAGUCCUUCCAUUUGGAGGACUCUUAGUGAAUGCAGCCUAGCCAAUGCUGAUGUUUCUUGGCCAGCUGAUGUGGCCUUGGAGAUCUGUUUAUGAGAUUGUUGUUUGUCGGAGCUAUAGGACAGUCUCUGCAUACUUGAAGCUUUGGGCUCAUCCUACAAUCAAACCCCGUCCUUUGCCUGUUAAUCCAUGGGUUCGGAUUUCUACUCGUGGCCCUGAGAUCUCUGGAAUCUGCUGGUGAUAUCUAGAACCUUUCUGAACGUCAGGCCUCUUUAGGUCGCUGAGGAGCCAGCGAGCACAGAUCAGGAGGAGACGAACGCUUGAGCCCGAGAUGGCAGCCACCCUGCUCAUGUCUGGGUCUCAGAUGAGACUUAAUGCCGUUGCCUUCUCGACAUUUCUAACCAUGUCUCUAAUUUCAAGAAGAAAAGCUGGUUCUAAACUCCUAGAUACCAAGUAGUGAGGAGGCAUUGUGUGAUUUCAGGCCCCCGUGACAUUUGAAGAUAUGGCCAUGUACCUCACUCGGGAAGAAUGGAGACCUCUGGAUCCUACACAGAGAGACCUUUACAGGGAUGUGAUGCAGGAGAAUUAUGGGAAUGUUGUCUCACUGGAUUUUGAGAUCAGGAGUGAGAAUGAAGCAAACCCCAAACAGGAGUUUAGUGAUGAUGUGGAAUUCGCGACCAUGUCGGAAGAGCCUCUUGAGAAUGCCGAGAAGAAUCCUGGAAGCGAAGAGGCCUUCGAAAGUGGGGACCAGGCGGAAAGGCCAUGGGGAGACCUGACAGCGGAGGAGUGGGUAAGCUACCCUCUCCAGCAAGUCACCGACCUGCUUGUCCACAAGGAAGCGCACGCGGGCAUCCGCUACCACAUUUGUUCUCAGUGUGGGAAAGCCUUCAGUCAGAUUUCAGACCUCAAUCGCCACCAGAAGACGCACACGGGAGACAGGCCCUACAAGUGCUACGAGUGCGGGAAGGGCUUCAGCCGCAGCUCGCACCUCAUCCAGCACCAGAGGACACACACGGGCGAGCGGCCCUACGACUGCAACGAGUGCGGGAAAAGCUUCGGCCGCAGCUCGCACCUCAUCCAGCACCAGACGAUCCACACCGGGGAGAAGCCUCACAAGUGCACCGAGUGCGGCAAGAGCUUCUGCCGCCUCUCCCACCUCAUCCAGCACCAGCGGACCCACAGCGGGGAGAAGCCUUACGAGUGCGAGGAGUGCGGGAAGAGCUUCAGCCGCAGCUCGCACCUCGCCCAGCACCAGCGGACUCACACCGGCGAGAAGCCUUACGAGUGCAACGAGUGCGGCCGGGGCUUCAGCGAGCGCUCCGACCUCAUCAAGCACUACCGCGUGCACACCGGGGAGCGGCCCUACAAGUGUGACGAGUGCGGGAAGAACUUCAGCCAGAACUCCGACCUGGUGCGGCACCGCCGGGCGCACACCGGGGAGAAGCCCUACCACUGUAACGAGUGCGGGGAAAACUUCAGCCGCAUCUCCCACCUUGUCCAGCACCAGCGGACUCACACGGGCGAGAAGCCAUACGAGUGCACGGCCUGCGGGAAGAGCUUCAGCCGCAGCUCGCACCUCAUCACGCACCAGAAGAUCCACACCGGGGAGAAGCCCUAUGAGUGUAACGAGUGCUGGCGAAGCUUUGGGGAAAGGUCCGAUCUGAUCAAGCACCAGAGAACCCACACGGGAGAAAAGCCCUACGAAUGCGUGCAGUGCGGAAAGGGCUUCACGCAGAGCUCCAACCUCAUCACGCAUCAGAGAGUGCACACCGGAGAGAAGCCUUAUGAAUGUACCGAGUGUGAUAAGAGUUUCAGCCGGAGCUCAGCGCUUAUUAAACACAAGAGAGUUCAUACCGACUAGGCCCUGUAACCCCGGGUAAGAAAUGACUCGUUUGGAGGCCAAGUGAUGUUUUGAUAUCAGCGAGCUUCCUUAAGACAGCACUUUUUUAAUGGUCUGGCUUCCCUUGUUAUGGGGUACAGUCUAAAACACGAAAGAAAACAACCUUUUGAAAUUCUGACCCACGGGGAUGCUGUCCCCUCCUCCAAAACGGUGAUGUUUAUUCACUGAUUAUCAUAUGAAUUGCUUCAUCAAAGUCAGCCCCCUCCUGAGUAACUUGAGAGCUGAAGACCAGAGGACAAGAUGCUGGCAGACAGACCUACGGACCCAAGCUUGGGCCUGGAGAUGGAGAACAUGUUUAAUUUUUUUCUCUCGUAUCUUUGGCCCGGGAGAAAUAGGAUGGUCACAGCUGCUUUGGCAGAAGGCAGGUGGACUUGCCCUGAGCUGCGACUGUUGACAAGCUGUAGUGGCUGGGCUCACACACAUCCCUUCCAAAGGGCUCUUUUUUUUUUUUUUUUUUUUUUGAGUAGCUCACCUUCAUAGCUAAGCAUCUCCUUGUGCACAGGAUUCUGCCUGCUGAAAGCAGUGAGCACGGGGAGUUUCUCCUUGUUCCUCACUUCUGUAUAGCUUGCAUGGUUUUGAAAGCUGACCGGAGAUACAAUGUAACGGGAGACGGGAGGCACAGGUUGGAGGACCAAGGGCCCAUGGGCGGUGGUGAGUCAGCAAGACUGCCAUUCAUCAGGCUUCUGUAUUUUCUUCGAAAAUCACUUUAGGGAUUCUAGUAGGAAAACUGCCUUUAGGAAAAGAUAAGGCUGGAAGUGGAGUGUUAGUAGAAAGAAAACUCACCGCCCGGGGAAGGGAACCCAGAACUCUUCCCAGGGAACAGCAGUCAGGGCUGUGGUCUUUGCCGUCUAACCUUUAAGAUCACUCGCCCCUGCACUGCUAACUCUAGGGCUUGAGAGGGCCACACCCCAGUCUUUCUCUUAGCUUGCAUAAAGGCAUGCGUAUGUACAGUGAAAUGUGUAUUCUGAUAGCAGAAACUGAAGUCAUAAGAAUCAGCAUGUUUUUACGUGAAGUAGAUCAUAAGCUAGAACUGUAGACAUAACUCUGAUGUGAGAAGUGGCCUUUAUUUUUCUUUUCUUACAGAGAAAAAGCAUUCGUGCUCAAGCACGGUGCACUCCUGUAGGGUUUGGUUUUGUACAGAACUAAGCACUUGUGUGGAUGUGUUCACCAGUGGUGAGAGAGUGGCUGGACACUCAGAUCCAUUGUCCUUGCUCAGUCUGAUUUAUCUUUUGUGAUGAGUGGCCUCAUCCGAAGACACGGAUAAGCCUACGGAGGAAUGUGUUUCCAGCAUCCAGACACAAAUAGUGAAAUGAGUUGACCCAGUGUAGCCCAGUACUUCAGUUCUCCUUAGAUAGCCCAGAUGUUGGUGCUUAUUCAGCCCCAAGGGGAUGGAGGGGAGCCGGCACCCAGGGAGCUGGGACUUCGUGUGUGUGUGUGUGUGUGUGUGUGUGUGUGUGUGUGUGUGUUUGCGCGCGUGCGUGCGGGCACGUGUAUGUGAGUGCAUGUAUGCAUUUAAAGAGUCCCAGUGUAUUUCUAUGGUGCUUCGUUGCAAAGUUGCAAGUGUAAUUUUUAUUAUUAUUAUUUUUUUACUAAGAAAACCCUUUUUUGUUUAAGUUCUUUGGGAUUUGGCACUUAAAGCCCAGUGCUUUGGUUACAGAGAGUCACUGUGGCCACCACAGCUGGAUGAUAGUAUAUCACUAGUGACAACCUGAAAAGGCAACCGAAGGAGAAACCACUCCGGGGGGCCUCUAAGUGGGCACUCCCAUUAGAGGACAAACUUGGGGCAGGGCACAUGGUUUCUAUUCUGUACAAAAUCUAGCCUACUGUGGGUAUUCAUAUUUUAAUAGCCUACUGUGGGUAUUCAUAUUUUAAUAGCCUACUGUGGGUAUUCAUAUUUUAACUGUUAGGUGACUUACAUGUUCUUGGUAACUAAACUCAGAUGUGUCUUCUGUAUCAGCGCAGCCAGUGAUUAGGGUGGAAUUCAGCCCCCCCCCCCUGUUGCUUCUUUGAGCUUUAUAAGUGACUGCUUGGGAGUGGCUUAUAGAAGACAGAACCUCUGAUCCAGCUUCAUUGCACCCCGUUUCCCUCCUCUGUUCCUAACACAUACACACACACACACACACACACACACACACGCACCCCCACCAUGCCCAUGCAGCCCCACCCUUUGAAGGCUAUGCUGUAUUCCAUUUGCUGCUUUUGUCUUCUAAGAGAUAAAGGUUCCCAAUUGCCUUCCCAUCUCUUCAUAUCCGUAUACUCCAGCUGGGUGGCUUAAAAGGCAGUGGCCGUGCCAGCUCAGUCCACUCCGCUGCUGUCAACUGCUCCCCUCCCUGUGCUGAGCUGUGGAAGUCAUACAAGCACCACACUUCACUAAUGCUAUGUGCGUGCCUUCUGUUUACAAGUCCCUGGCCGUUUCUGCACAUACCAGACAGUCUGUGCCUGUGUUCUAUGCUUGUGGAGAGCGAGUGAACAGGUAAAUCUGUAGAGCAGAGAACCUUGGUAUUGGUCAUUUAUCCUAGUGUCUUGUCUAUAGCUGUAUUAUCUUAACAAUAUUCUAUAAUUAAAGGUAUAAUU